AUGCAUAGAGCUUUAUUCACCCCCCUCACAAGAUCAGUCGCUGCACGUGUAGCUGUCCGUUCCACCAUGGCUGCUAGACCAGUUGUCUUUGCCCCAAGAAUGGUCCGUUUUUCAUCCAACGAUGCCAAGGCACCUGAAGGUGAGGCAAAGCCAGAAGCUACUGAAGGUGAGACCACCAAAGAGGAAUCCACUGAACAAAAAGAAGUUGAUCCAGCCGAAGAAUUCAAGGCUCAGUUGGCUAAGAAGGACAAGGACUUGGCUGACAUGAAGAACCACUAUGCCAGAGCCAUUGCUGACUUCAGAAACUUGCAAGAAUCCACCAAGAAGGAAGUGCAGAAGGCCAAGGACUUUGCUUUGCAAAAAUUCGCCAAAGACUUGUUAGAAUCGAUUGACAACUUCAGCUUGGCCUUGAGUGCCGUCAAGGAGGAGACUUUGGCUACCAACGAUGAAGUCAAGAACUUGUACGAAGGUGUUAGCAUGACCCAGAACGUGUUCGAGAAGACAUUGAACAGACACGGUAUCCAAAAGAUAGACCCAAUGGGAGAGCCAUUCGAUCCAAACCAACACGAGGCCACCUUCGAAAUCCCUCAACCCGACAAGGAACCAGGAACUGUUUUCCACGUCCAACAGCCAGGCUACACCUUGAACUCCAGAGUGUUGAGACCUGCCAAGGUUGGUAUUGUCAAGGAUGUUGAAAAUUGA